AUGCCGCGCCACCCCGACCCCGACCCCACCGUCCAAUCUUCCCGCCCCCUCCGCCCCCGCCGCUCAAUGCUGCAGCUCUUCACCACCCUCCCCGGCCGCCGCGAGCGCUCCCGCUCGAACCCACCCCGCCCAGCGCAGGUCGCCACCGAGCUCGCGCCCCCAAGCCGGCCGGGCGCGACCCGCCCGCCGUCGUACGCGACCGUGUCCUCCAUCCCGCCGUACACGCCCUUCCUCGUCCCCGAGAGCGCCGCGGCCACGAACACGAGCGGCAAGCGUAGCGCCAACGUGUCCCUCGACGCGCCGCAUGCGCUCGAGGGAAGCCCGUACCCCCGCUCUCCCCGCGCUCAUCGCCGUGCGGCAAGCACCAACGACCACGGGCACGGGCACGACGGGUACGAGGCGCCGGUGCCGCGCGAGAGCCAGUACUUUGAUGCCGUCGAGACGCUCUUCACGCCCGUCAAGGUCGGUGCGACGCCGCGCGCAGGUGGGCCGCGAUACCCCGCGCCGAGUGGGCCGCUGCCGCCCGUCCCCACGCCCACCCUCCGCCGCGUGUACACAGUCCAAGGGACGCCGCGCAGUCGCGCCCGCGCGCAGUCGGAGGUCACGCCGGGCGCGACGCGCGAUAUCCCGCUCCAUGAGCACAGCUACGACCCGCACAAGCGCCAGGUCGUCCUGCUGAUCAACGACGGCGUCGCGAUGGCGCCGUACUGGGCGCGCCUGCUCACCGAGCUCGGCGCGACCGUCUCCGCCGCCGAAGACACCUGGCAGCUGGGCAUCGACGUCUUCUUCCUCAACUCGGCCAACUACGGGCGCGGGCUCACGCACCCCCGUGAGCUGUUGAGCGUGUUUGAUGGCGUGCGCCCUGUUGGACCCUCGGUGACGCCCGACAUUCUGCGCCGGCGUAUCGUCAAGAUGGUCAGCUCGUACGGCCCCUCCUGGGCGCAGCUGGGCGACGACGGCAUGCGCGUGCUCAAGCUCCUCCUCUAUGUCGGCGACUGGUGUUACUCGUCCGAGCAGCAGCGCCCAGUCACCCUGCUCAAGCGCCUCCAGCGCAGCCACACCAACAGCCUGGUCAGUAACAUGGCCAGCUUGGAGCGUUACUUGGAGUAG